GCAACCCCACCCUGUCCCCAGAAGUGCACCCUUGUGGGUGAGUUCUGCAGCUGCUCAGCCUGGACCCAGAUACUUUUUCCCUGACCAGGAAUGUCCUAGGCAACCUGGUGCUCUAAUGGGAUUUGAGGGAGGCAGUUGAAAGGGCUUUCUGGAAACUCUCGUGGGGCCAGGCAGCUCUCAGCUUUGCCUUCCCCAUGCCACUGACCAUUCAAGAUCCUUUGGACUUAACAAGGCCACAAAGGUCUCAGCAGUGCUCUGGCCUAGCCUACGUUCAUCUUUGGCACGGACACUGCAGGAACAAGCCUGACAGGUUAUUGGUGAGUCCCAUAAGUGGUCUGUAGUGUAGUGUGUGGAAAUGCUUGAGGUGGCCGCAAUAUGGAGGAGAAGAGGUCGACCUUCGGUAUUAGUUUCCUACUGGGAGGGGUGUGGGUAUGUUUAGUGUCCAACCAGACCUACAGAGGACCUGGAAGAGCUGUAUGGGAGAAGGGCAGAAGCUCACUUUCCCCUGUUGUCUCCUACCCUUGAGUCCCCUGGCAUCCUCAUAAUCCCAGCCUCUCAAACCCAGAUCCAUGUCUCUCGAAGUGUUUAAGGUGUGCAGAAGCAGGGCCCUGCCGUGAGGACAGAAAGAGUAGGUAGUAUCAAGCUGGACGUGGCCAUUUGGGACCAGCAGCCGUAGCUGCUUUGUAAGGGGCCAGGAAGGAGGAGACCCCGAGGCAGGAUAGCUGAGGGUAUCCUGAUGAACAGAGGGAGGUCUGCAGCAAAACACAGGGAGAGGCAAGGUGAGCCCACAGUCCCCGUACUUCCGGGGGGCGGGGCCAUCCUGUAGCAGCGGUUAGGCCGGCAGGUGCCUCAGGAUCUCUCUGCCUCUCCCUCUCAACUCACUUUCCCCUUCCGCACCGCACCCUCUCCCUCUCCACCUGCCUCUUUCCCGGCUUUAUUAAGAUGUAGAGUACACCCAGUACUGUCCACGGUCCCAACUAUUUCUGGUGGUGACAUCGAGUGCACAAAGCUUAGUUUGUGUCCGCUCGAGCGUACAAGUCUCGCCCCAGCAAUUCCCCGCUGCCAUGCGUCGACCGCAGGCUCGUCUCUGGAUCACCGUAGGCAGCAUCCGGCCUUUGUCCGGCCCUCCUCCACACGCACUGGCGCACAUAAUGUAGUCUUUCAUAUCCGGCUUCCCAUUAGAGGCUGCUCUGGCUCGCUACCUAAGGUUUUAGCCACGUAGUAGGCUCAUGCGGGUUGCAGAGGAUAAUUACCGACUGCAUGUGGUCAGCGUCUUUCCCCGAGCAUCAGGUUGGACUCUGGGUUCAUUCUGCCAUUGCCAUGUAGCUGCUGUGAAUCCUUGCAGGAUUCUCACAUCUUACCAAGGUUGAUCCAGUAGGGCUGAGUACAAAACUAAGUCCGACCUUAAAAGAGAGGGCCGUGCCCUUUUCAAAAGUGGAGAAUUUUCCUUAGAAACUGCUCUUCUAGUGGAUGGAGGAAGAAUAAAAAUGGGGACAACCAAGUCUGGGGCUGUACAUGAAAGGGAGGAUGGCUUCUGAAGAGAUUUCUGGCGACGUGGCCCCCGGAACUCCCCACCCACUUUGCAGGGCUCAGCUGCUUCUCGCGGGGGCCUGGCGACCCCUGGCGGCGGGCUCCUUCUUGGGCGGCUUUGCAGAGACACUCCUUUCGUGGCCGGGUGGAGCCAUAUUGCUCGGGCGCAUGUGCGCCUUCCCCAUGGCCCAGCCUGGGCCCGUGGUUGCUAAGGAGGUUGCUAAGUCGAGGUGCUAAUUGGUGAGUUCCAAAGAAAUUAGCAAAUCCAAUUCCCACCCCCGACCCCGGAAGUGCCUGCCUACGGGAUAGACUGGUAGGCACUCAAACGCCAGGGCCACCGGUCAUUGGGCCUGAGCGGAGAAGGCGGGCCUCAUCCGGAACCGUGAUUGGUCGCGGUCCCGGGCGGGCGAUCCGAGGCUGCUGGGUGCUGGCUGUAUGGGGCGGCGGCGGAGCCGAGUGGAAGGGGCUGCCAGGGCCCUGCCUGAAGCUGUCGCAGCGCUGAGUCGGUCCCUACCAGCUGGGCCCAGCCCCGAAAUCUUCCGCCGCGCAAAGUUUGAUCGACCAGAGGCGGCUCCAGUGCUCUGGCAACUUCUCUUACGUGUGCUCUCACCGCUUGCUGCAAACAAUACCUGGACCGACCUUGCCCCAGAGGCCCAAGCCCGUGUGGUGAAAUCAGCACUGGGCUCCCGAGGCUACCCCAGGUCUGUGCUGCUACAAUUUCCCGACGGCAGUUCUCAGGGAAGCCGGGAACUGCUGCUGGCCCUGUCCUGGCUCCUGGCCCAAGGACCCUUGCUUGAGCAGCUGCUUGCCCAGACCCGUGUGCAGGCCCUGACCAGUCCUGGACCCCUUGCAUGCCUUGUGGCUACAAAGAGCCCUGUGGAUCUCCGCCUGGUGGAAUGGCUGAUGGGAAAGUUGCGCUUCAGGUGGAGGUGCCUGAUCUUGAGUCAGCGGGAGCAGUGUACCCUCCUCAGUAAGAUCCAUCUGUAUACCCAGGGAUGCCACAGCCAGCAGAGCCUGGGCCAUCUUUCUGUCGCUGAAACAGAGAUGCUUAGAGAUCCAGAGAGCAGUCAGCAGCUUCUGCAUGCCCUGGAGAGCGAGAACGCCCGGCUGGAGGCAGCUCUGGAGUGGCGGCGCUGUGAGCUGGUCUUCUGGCAAUGGAUGGAUACAGUUCUGGAUGCCUGUUCCCCCGAGACUCCUGCUGUGACCUCACAACCUACAGCCCUGCCCAUGAUCUCGGAAGGUGGGCUCGGUGAGCUGGAGUCCGUGAGACAAGAACUGCUGGCCCUGCAGGAGGAGCUACGGGAAGUGGCCGAGCCCCGGCGGGCUGCGUGGGAAUCCCGGGUUGGAGGCCUAGGUCAGGGGCCAGAGUGGAGCAACUCAAGGAAAGCCUUGCGGGAGGUCGUCGAACGGGAGUUGGCAGACCUGCAGGGGUCCUGGAAGCUAUGCAGUACCCCUGCCCAGCCACAAAGACCCCAUCGACUGGUGAGAAGUAAAGACGGGGCACCAAGACGCCAGGGCCUACAGGCAGCCGAGGUGAUCAGGACACUGAGCGCCAAGGAGGACUGUCUGAAGAAGGCAUUGCACCAGCUACAGUGUCAGUGUCAACAGGAGCUGGCCAGGCUGGCCGGUACUCUGCCUGGCUUGAUUUGGGUUCUGCCCCCUGGACACUGAAGGCCCCCAAGAUGUACCCAUCUGUGUAGAGCUUGGGUAGGAUCUCAGAGGAGCAGACUGGGGCUGCAUGGAGCAGAGGUCCAGGCGUGUGCUCCCUCCAGGGCCAGAGCCCUUUUCCUGCAGUUCUAGUGUUACAAUAGGCUGGUCCCCCUGAAAGGUUUGGAGGGGACCUAUGUGUACACAGUGGAGCUGUUCCUGGGGACAUGGGGCUGCUUCCCAUUAUCUUCCUCUUUUUGGCAUACUAGGUAUGUGUAGUGUAUGGCUGGCACCAUGCUGUAAUCACAUAUGCCCCAAAGUACAGAAAGUCUUGGGCCUCUCCUGAGUGGGACAGCUCUGGUUUUUCCCUGAACCUCUUUCUUAGACUCUGGCUGUAUGCCACCUCCUGCUCCAGCAGAGCCUCUUCCUAUACUGGGCCAUGGAUGUGCCUGGUGUGUGUGUGUGUGUGUGUGUGUGUGUGUGUGUGUGUGUGUGUGUGUGUGUGUGUGUGUGCUUGUGCGCGUGUGCACGUGUGCAUGUGUGCAUGUGUAUGUGUGUGUGUGGUGGGGAGCUGGAUGGGAGCCUGGGGGCUCUGCCUGGGAGAGCGGAGGAGAGGAAGCUGCAGUGCAGACAGGAGGCCUUUGUUCUGAAGGCCUCUGGGUAAGCUCGGCCCUCACAAAGCACCCUGUGUCCAGGAAGUGCACCCAGCCUGGUGGGAUGGCUCUGUGCUAACCCACUCUUCUCCCAGCCAGCAGGCUCAGGCAGGAUCCAUGAGCUCUAGCCCGACCUUCCCUUAGUCCCAAACCCUGAGCAGCUGGUAGGACCCAUAGGCAACCUCCAGUCUCCUGCUUAUCCAGGCCAGAGCCACGGCCUGACUCCGGGAGCCUUGGGCACUCUACUAGAACAUUCUUUUAUGGGGGUGUCCUGCUUGCCUGGUGGUGUAUGUCUGGGGUGCAGGUAGCCUCUGGCCCGAGGCAGGGCACAUGCUGGGUUUGUUCCUAGCACACUUCUGGAGGACCAGUGUCUAGUAGGUACUAACCUUUAUGGACGUAGCUCCUAGAGCCUCUGGAAUCUUGUGGCCUGCAGCGCCUGUUCCUGCUUGGGAACACUUGUUCAGCUCUUCUUGCUGCCUCCCCCUGUGGGCUCUGGCUCUGGUCCAGGGGCACGUGGGAACUUGACUGUCUGGCUCCUUGUGACUAUGAUUUGGGCUGUAAACAAGUCUACUUAAGCUCCCUGUUUCUGAAAAGUAUAGGACUUCCUAGGUGCCAUGGAGCUCAGCCUUAAAAACCCCAGAGCAGCUCCAGGUCUCCGAGCUGUUACUUCUCCACAUGCUCUGCAGAGUUAGCUCGAUUCCUGUCAGAAUCCCGUGUAUGUGUAUCGCCUCAGUGUGGGACUCAUGGGUCUCAGGCCACGUGAAGAUGAGAGCCUAUAGGGGGCUAGACUUAUCCUUGGCCAAGUUGUCCGUUGGGGAGGCCCUCAGAACUAGCUUUUCCACACAUAAGAGCUUGAAGUAGCUCAUGUUUGUGGUCUGUGUCCUCAGCUCCCAUACUUGGGAGCCACACGGUGAAGUAGGAAUAAACUCCAGUGUUGGUUGGCCACAACUUCCUUGGCAGAUCCUGAAGUCCUGGGGCAAGCUCACAAAUUGAUGACCCGUGCUGCUCCAGGAUGACAGCAUGACAGAUCGGGCAUUAGGGGCCACUUGGCACUCUACCCUCCCUGACUUUGAGGAAGACCACAUUGUCCCCCAGCACUCCCAGCCUGAUCUUAAGAUCGGCAGAAUCUUUAAUAUUCGACACAAGGACUAAAGCUCUGGACACCCACGGGCACAUUUGAGGCCAGCAGGUGGAUAGUGAGUGGGGCCAUGUUCUCGAACCUGUGAGGACAUGGGAGUCCCCACUAUGCAAAGGCAAGCACCCCAUUGCUUGAGGUCGGGGGUAAUACCAGAGGUGACUUCCUGACACUGAAAUGUGCUGACCGUGAAGGGAAGCUUAGUAAUUUCAACUCUUAUCAAAGCCUGAGACUUCUGUUGACAUUAAUAGCCCGUGUCUCAGUGCAGAACACUUGUCUCUCUUAGGUGAAAUUGGACUUCAUGUCCACCUGGGUUGGAGGUGUUGGUGGUGGGAACAGUUUGGGCUGGGAGUGUCAGCUACGUGUGUGAAUGCUUUGGUGCAACAUCAGUCAGGAAGGAGUUGCCAUGCAAGACAGGAACUAAGACUGUCUGCUAAGUCGCACUCUCGUGGCAGCCGGUUGAAUGGGAAGGGGGCUACUGUUACAGACCUGAGCGUGCGCUGUGAAUCUGCUUUGGGUUGGUGAAGGACUCUGCAGUGAUUGGGAGACCCACUUCCAGACCUGUCCCAGAGGAUUACUGUGUAUAUACCUAUAGGAACCAGAAAUGCUCACACUGCAAGAGGUGCCGGAGGAUGCAGUCCUGAGUGUGACAGGUGGAUAAUCUCGAAGCUGGGUGCGGUGGCGCAUACCUUUAGUUCCAGCACUCAGGAGGCCGAGGCAGACAGGUCUACAAAGCGAGCCCUAGGACAGCCAAGAUUCUUGCACAGAGAAACCCUGGCUUAAAAAACCAAAGAACAGGGGUUGGGAUUUAGCUCAGUGGUAGAGCGCUUGCCUAGCAAGCACAAGGCCCUGGGUUCGGUCCCCAGCUCCGAAAAAAAAACAAAGAACAAAACAGGAAAAAAAAAAACACUUGAAAAAAAAAGCAGUUUGACAUUUAACAAGGCCAUAAUGAAUUAUAAAUAAUUUUAUCUAUAAUAGAAACAUUAAAGCAGUAUUGAGGGGGUUGGGGAUUUAGCUCAGAGGUAGAGCGCUUGCCUAGCAAGCGCAAGGCCCUGGGUUCGGUCCUCAGCUCCAAAAAAAAAAAAAAAAGAAAGCAGUAUUGAGGACACAACUAGUACCCAAAGACAAACCCACACAGAGACUGGCCAGACAAAGGCUUGCAGAGUAAUCUCACUCACGGAGUGCCAGAACGGGGAAGUAUGGUGCCGGGGAGGUCUCUGCUGAGGGCUUGCUGAACGUUGGCUUCACAGAGGUGACAUGUACAUUUACAUCUGCUUUUCAUGUAUGUCAGCCUUUAGUAAAAUCGUGGCUCCACGCACAGCCUCAUCCAGGAAGCUGCUGUGUGGUCGCUUUGUCCUUCGCAUAGAUGGGUUUACAGGUCAGGCCCGUGGCCCUCCUGCUGCUGCAUACUUGUGCGGACACUGAGAGCAGCCUCUGCUUUGUGUCUUUGUGGCAUCCAUCUUUGGCUGAGGAGUAUCCUAGGCGUCACCUGGGAGAGAAGCUCAGGGCACAUAGCUGGCUCCUGUUUAAUCUUGGGGGCCUUGGCAAUUACGGUUAAAUGGCUAGCUGAGGUCAUCUUACUCGGGGAAAUCGAAGUACAUGGGUGGUUGUAGUGUUAGUAACUCUUGACUCACAAGAGCUGAAGCCUAAUGGAGCCACAGACUCGGGCCUUGGCUCCAGGCCUGAGAACUGGAGGGUGUGUGUCUGCCUCAGGAGCCAGAGUCAGAAGGCUCCGGGUGCUUAGGUUGGAAGAUCCCUGCUAUGGUGUCCAGCACUCGGCAGUUGAUGAAAUCGUCAGGAGCAGUGGCUAGCAGCAGUGCCAGGCAGUGCAAGGUAGCAUUGCAGCUCCUGACCCUUGGGUGUUGAGAUGUUGGCCUUCAGGGCUUGGUAAUCCAAGACCUAGUGAUGCCUGUGGUCUCUUGCCCAUCACCCUCCACCUCUGUGGUGGCUUCACUGCUGCCACUGUUGCUGUCACCAGAUUGGCCUGCUCUACUGAGGAUCUCAAGUGGACAAGAAAGACUCUUCUUCUGAGGAAGCUCUUUGCUGGGCCGAGUGUCGCACCUGGGGCUAUCCCCAAUGUCUCCCAGUGGCCUGGAGAAAGCUGAGCAGCCUGGUGGUUGUGCAGCCAGGAGCGGGUGUAUGGCUUGUUAGUGGAGGGUUCUGUUUGCACAAAUCAGCUCGGCUCCCAUUUCCCCCAGCACUGGCUUCUUGCCGAGCUACUGAGGAGACAGCCACUUCACACCCGGAGUGAGUGAGAAUAGUUUGAGGGUCUCACCUGCCCUUCAAGACUGGUGGAGUUGGGGCUGGAGAGAUGGCUCAGCGGUUAAGAGCACCGACUGCUUUUCCAGAGGUCCUGAGUUCAAAUCCCAGCAACCACAUGGUGGCUCACAAUCAUCUGUAUGGGGAUCCGACGCCCUCUUCUGGUGUGUCUAAAGACAGCUACAGUGUACUCAUAUACAAAAUAAAUAAGUAAAUCUUAAAAAAAAAAAAAAAAAA